GUUCUCAAUCAGUUUCAAUCUCGCUUGGUUCUCCUCUCUCGACGCGUGUUCCUGGCGCACGCUCCAUCGUGCCCGGUUCUACUCGACGUUUCCACGCUCGAACGCGGUCCGGGCUGCUCGCGAAUCGUGAAUAACCAGUGAUAAGAUCCACCUCCUUAUUCGUGGAGUGCUACCAGCAAGAUUACAGAUUAACCGACUUUCUUUGGGAGAACAUUUCACCGUUGUGUGUACCAGUAUUUCUGUGCGCCAUAAACUCUAAUUACCCUGAAGAUGUAAUUGUCAUGCAACAGGGAGGUGAAGCUUGCCUAGCCAACAAGUGUGAUCAGUGAGCAAAUUAUUCAUUCAACCGAUUUCCUAAGUGUCAGUGAACAUUAGUACGACAAACGCUGUUGCAAACUUGAAGAAACACUGUGGAACGAUCAGUGGUGAGCAGUGGAGGGUCUGCCCGUCUAUUGGGAGGACCUACCCGUGCGGCAUUGCGUAAAUGCAGCUGCGACCGCCAACAUUUUUAUGAAUUACGCAGACCUGGACAGAACAAGGAUGGUCUCGCACGUUAUUCCGGUCGCUGGGGAACUGCAGCAAGGCAAUGGAAGCCUGGGUGUCACAGGUCUUGGAGGUAUGCAGGAGUCCUCUCAUUCCCUGAAAAUCAAGCAGGAACCAUUUCAGGUGUCGCCGCCAUCGCCUCUUCCAUCUCUACAUCAAGUGAGCAGUUUCGUGUCAGAUAUGCAGAAUGGUUGCCUGGGCGCCACGUCGAAGGAGCUGGACUCCUCCAUAGGUCGGAGCCUAGCGUCGCACGCGUCCCUGACCCAUCAUUCUCACCAUAGCCUGCACAGUCCGAACUCCGUAGUGUCGAUGCACUCGACAGGCUCCGCUCAUCAUCAUCUAGAGGACAAAGGGUCAUCCCCCAGCGGAGUUCUUCAUAGCACCACCAACAGCAACCCAUCGACUCCCUCGGCUCCCUCCACGCCAACCGCAGCCGCGGACGGGUCCACCGGUCCCUCUGGUAACGGAAACGGAAGCGUUAGUAACAACGAUUCGGCUAGCAAGAAGCCUCCCUUCAGCUACGUCGCGUUGAUCGCAAUGGCGAUUCAGCACAGCGCUCAGAAGAGGGCCACCCUGAGUGAAAUCUAUGCUUACAUCACCGCCAGGUUUCCCUACUUCCAAAAGAACAAGAAGGGCUGGCAGAAUUCGAUCAGACACAAUCUGUCGCUGAACGAAUGCUUCGUGAAGGUACCACGCGAAGGAGGCGGUGAGAGGAAAGGAAACUUCUGGACCCUCGAUCCUCAGUACGCGGACAUGUUCGAAAACGGUAACUAUAGAAGGCGUAGACGUAUGAAGCGGCCGUAUAGGAACGCACCGUAUCAUAAACCAUUGUUCGGCGAUCCUUUUUCUCCUACGCAUGUUCAUUUGGGUCCCAGAAACUUGUUUGGCCAUUCACCACCGUCCUAUGCUCCGUCCACCUACACUAGAUACGACACCAGUGCAUGGAGUCUUCAGCAAUCACAGCUCUCCUACAGUCACUGUCAGUCACUUCAACCGCAAUUGCAGCCAAUGCAGUCGAUGCAGAUCCCACCGAUAAACGGGUACAGCCAACUGGGCACCUCGUUAACGUUUCAAGGCAAUUACUUGGAUGUUCCAGGUGGGACGGCGAGUUCUCCUGGCUCGAUGGGGGGCGGCUCGUUCGGUAGCAGCUUCGCCAGGAGACACGAUGCCGCCAUGACGCCGGAGACGGUACCUACCAGAUGCUACUGGCCCGAAACCACCUUGCCCAACCUGCUACCAGCCCACUGUCAUCCCUACUUUAACGAUCCCUGCGACGAGGCACUCCUGACGUCCCAAUCCUGCAUGGUGAACGUGAAGGAGGAACCGGGAAGCGUGACGGUGUCGAGUACCAGCGUAGGCGGAGUCGGAGUUCCGUCCGGCAUGAUGGGUACCACCGCUCCAACAGGAGUCUCGACCGCUGCCUUCUCGCCUAUGGAGUUCCAGUCUCGGUCCAAGUGUUUCAUGUGAAUCGCUCCAUCGUCCAGGUUCUCGUCAACGUCCGAGGACCGUCUUACCGUAGGGGUAAGCGGAAAUAUGCAAACUGGAGGUCGGGAACAACUCUGAGAAAGGGGCAGUGUCCAAGGAACUUUGUGCUUCGACGAGAGCUCUCCGAGGAUGUGUCCUCGGUGUGUUUUCGACUGCUACACAGUAUUCGAUAUUUAAGGGACAAGUCGGUGGCUUCCGAAGGGAGGUGAUCACUAUAAUUAACGAUUACGUCUAAGCUGUAUCCGCGAGCCAGGAGGACGCGUCAAGGCAUAUCUUGAACCCGUUCCUCUUUUAUACAUAUAUAUAUAUACAUACAGACAAAAAUAUUACUUAGGUUCAUAGUGAUUGUAUCUGAACGUGUAGAUCGCAUAAAUAGGACGACUCGUUGUAUGUACAUAAUGUAAUUGCCUAUGUGUACCGGUAGUUUUUCUGAUCGCUAUGAAACUCCCCUCGCUUUUAAGGACUCUGGACAUGCGGCAGCUUCUGUAAUUAUAUGGAAAUAAAUCUCUAUUAUUUAACGCUUAUUGAAAA